AUUUAUUCUCAACUCAAUGGCGACUCAGCUUCACCACUUUCUUCUGCUUCCAUCUCCACCUCUCACUUCACUACCUCUUCUCAACCUUAACAAAUCCUUAGCGAUUACCUCCACCACUAACAACAUACUACGCUGCAAUUCCACUGGUUUCCCUCGCACAGAUGGACGGUCCAGAUUCGAUCCUCAAAACUCCAACGACGAAGACGAUGAGGAUGAGUUCGAGUUCUCCAGCGGAGCGAAGCAGAGGAUAUGGUGGUCUGAUUUCGAUGAUUACGAUGAUGUCUGGGAAUUAGAUGAGGAUGAUGAAUUCUGGGUUUUUAAGGUAUUUAGAGCUUUUGGCUGGAUGUUACCAGCCAUUGCCAUAUCAUUGCUGCUUGGAACCGGACCAAAUGCUUUUAUCAUGGCAUUAGCUGUCCCUCUGGGGCAGUCAGCACUUUCACUUGUGUUUGACAAGGUUUCGGGAAGGACAAGUAAGAGUUGGAAAUCCACCCCCAGGCGUAGGACCAAGAAGAAACAAUUUACAAGGGCUGCUGCAAAUAACACAAGAACAAACAAAGGAAAACGAGAGUCGAAUAAGAAUGGUGAAGAGAAGACAAGUUAUAACUCGUGGUUGAAUUCAGAUGGUGGUUUACGUGAUAAGGGUGGUCAGAGAGUCCCAAAGUAUGGCGGAUGGGAUCAAUUGGAUGAUCAAGUGGAGACCCAAAAGAGGGGAACAAGUCAAAAGGGGAGUGGAGUACCGAAGCAACGAAAGGAGGGUAAAUUUAGUAGGAUAGGGAGAGUCAGAGACACACCGUUGCUGCUCAGGUUGUUGAUUGCCGUUUUUCCAUUCUUGGGAUCUUGGACUAGGUUCCUGUUUUGAUUUUUCUACUGCCAGUGCUCGUCCAUGCUGGACAUCAAAAGAAGCCAUUGCAAUGGUGCUAUCAACCAAGUGCCAGCUUGGUGCUGAAAG